AUGGACACGCCCAAGACUGAGACAAGACACGGCCAAGACCGAAACACCAUUGAGACCAGGAUUUUGACCGUCGGCAGGAUGUUUGUGUGGAGCGUUUGCUUGCUGGCUCUGAUGCAGGUCAGCAGCAGCUGCAGUGUGGUGACUGACAUCUGUACCGACGUAACCAGCGUCCAGGACGAGAUCGUCAACCUGCACAAUGUGUUCAGGAGAGGCGUCUCUCCAUCCGCCACCAACAUGCUGAAGAUGAACUGGAGCCGGGAAGCAGCAGUCUCAGCUCAGAACUGGGCCAACACCUGCUCUAUGGUUCAUGGAGAUCCCAGCACCCGCAUGCUCGGAACAUAUCAGAUGGGCGAGAACCUGUUUAAAAGCACUGGAAUGGUGAAGUGGACCAGCGUCGUGACAGCAUGGCACAAUGAAGUCGCCAACUACGUGUACCCUACAGGAUCCGCCAACACCCAACCCAUUGGGCACUACACCCAGGUGGUGUGGUACAGCUCCUACUCCGUCGGCUGCGGCGCCGCCAAGUGUGGAAGCAACUACUUCUACGUCUGCCACUACUACAGAGCAGGAAAUUUCAAGGGCGUGGCACCCUACACACAGGGACAGUCCUGCGCCGCCUGCCCUGGAGCCUGUGACGACAAACUCUGCACCAACCCCUGCCCUCACGUCAACAAAUACUCCAACUGCGCCUCCCUGGUGGCGGCACUGAAAUGUACCUACCCCCGCAUGACGGACUGGUGCCCUGCUAGCUGCCUGUGCAGCGGUAAAAUCAUCCCCGUCGGCAAGUAAAUGAACCGGACCUGCGGGGGAUCAUCGCUACCUGUUUUUUUAUUUUUUAUUUAGUUAACCUUUCUUUUUCAGUGCACUUUGAAGUACCUUUUCCUGUCAAUUCUAAACCAGAACUCUUAAAGGAACACUUCAGCAUUUUUCAGCCUGUUCUACACCUGCUGCAUGGGCUUUUUAGAGCUGAUUUUAAAGAAGAACUGCACAUGUGCAACAAUAAGGAUUGAUUUGAGAUACUGAAGGAAUAGAAAACCUGUUGAUUUAAAAACAAUCUGAUAUAAGAAGUCAAUUGGACAUAUUUUAAAAGAACUUGCUGACUCAUAACAUACAUAUAACAGCAUAGGAUGUAAAAUACCCAAGAAUACUUUGAUAAGACUACAACUACAGUCUAUUUGAGAUCAUUAUUAUACGUUUUUAUUAUGCAUCAUGUCCACCAGGAGCAUCAUGCGCACUAAAAAAGUAUAAAUCAGGAUGAGAAAAAGACUCUGUCUAAGACAGUAAAAUCGCUUAAAAAAAAGUCAUUCAGUGUAAGGCCAACACAAAACGCCGACACUUCCAGAAUUAUGCUGCUUCGGCAUCAGCAGCCGGAGUCCGAGCGAGCACAAUUGGCCGUGCUCUCGCUCUUCGUCUCAUUCAGCUGAUGAAUCAGAGCUGGGGAUACAGCGCUUUCCUCUAAGGGUGUUGGCUGCCUUGCGAUGCUGCUUUGAUUGGCUGAAGCUGGAAAAGAGGGCGGGGCUGACUUCACCUGUAUUGAAGGAGGCAUGCGCUUGUCCUGAACCUCCUAGCGCAUUUGUCCAUUCACUUCUAAUGUAACCCUGUUUUUUUUUCUUUUACUAACUGCAGGUAAACAAACACACUUACUGUGCCACAUGUGCUACAGGUAUGAAUUAUCUACACUGGGCUGAAAAAUGCAGGAGAAUUCCUUUAAAAAUUCACUAUUUUACACUACAGACGUAUCUACAUGGGGCAUUUGCAAUGCUAUAUAAGCAAAUAUAAGUUAUAUUAUUAGGACUACCUCAGUCUUUUAUUCAGCUAUGCAUCCAUUUAUAACAUUUGAAUCACAGCACAGAAGUUUAAUUUGGUCUAGAUCAAAGAAUAUCACAUUACAUCACAUCAUAGCACAAUAAGCUUUUUAACACAAGGCCGAAUUUAACCCUGAGCUUGUCUGAAUGCUCACCUAAAUGUCUGGUCUUCUGAUUUUUUUUUAGUGUUUUCUUUAGUGUUUGCUCUGCAUUCACGCUGUUGGAGCAAGCAAACUGUUACAUAUUGCAAAACCGGUCCCACGCCACGUCUCUGGGGCCCACAGAUGGCCCACAUUUGGUGCUUUCAGUUCCAGCACAAUUCAGUCUAAAUAAUCCAGCCAUAUUCUAAGGUGUAAUUGAAGCGUUGGGAGACAAUUCGGCCAUUUUAUCAGGAUUUCCCCCCAAGCAAGGAUGCCACACACAUAUACUCAGGGGUAUAGGUUGGGAAAAGGUGCAAUGUAAUUAUAUACAGGAACAUUCUGUUCACUCUCUGAAUGAAGCAGGCCAGGUUAUCACUAUGGAUCUAGGGUACAGUGACGUGUUGUAAUGCAGCAGAUCACCAGCAGACGUCUCUGCUGUAUAACAAUUCAACAGCAUGAAUAAACAGGCUGAAUGAAAAGGCUUGUACCCACAUGUACUGUAUAUUCUUCUUUUUUUCUUACUGUUGGUUUCAUUUGCUACUUAUUUUUGAAGUUAUUAAUAAAGACAGCACAUUAAAAACUAAAA